AUGGCCAACACGGGCACUCCCUUCAUCUCAUGCCUUGAGCCCACCAAGCUUGACAGGUACGACCGCUCCAAGCCUCACGACCAGCAGGAUCCCUCGAUUCCCCGUGCCUUUAUGGACGCCAUGGAGGUCCGUGAGGAGGUCUUUGUCAAGGAGCAGGGUGUCCCCCUCGAGUUUGAGCACGACAAGGACGACGGCAGAUCUUUGCAUUGGGUCAUCUAUACCAGCGUCAACCAUAUUCUCGAUCACGAGAUCAAGGACCCGGAAACCGGCGCCAUCAUCCAGCGCAAGCGCUCCGAGACCCGCUCGGUUCCCAUUGGCACCCUGCGCGCGGUUCCUUUUCCCCACCCGCCUCACCCCCAGCCUGGCGGCCGCUACGUGGAUAAUGUCCUGCAGAAUGAAGAGAUCAACACUCUGACCGCCAGCCAGGAAAGACGCAGAACUUCCAUGCUUCCCUACGGCUAUGACGCCCCGACCACCUUCCAUGACGGUCAAGAGCCGUACAUGAAGCUGGGCCGCCUGGCCGUGCUCAAGCCGUACCGCAAGAUGAACGUGGCCGCCCAGCUCUGGGCCGCGGCCCGUCAGUGGCUGAUGGAGCACCCAGGCUACUUCAACCCGUCGGUCAGCAAUCUAGGACUCAACGCCCUCGCCGCCCGCGGUGCUGAUGACGUUCCGAGCUGGCGCGGCCUCGUCUGCGUCCACGCCCAGGACGACGUUAAGGACGUCUGGGCCAAGUGGGGUUUCGUCGUCGACGAACGCAUGGGCGAGUGGUGGGAGGAAGGCAUCCGUCACGUCGGCAUGUUCCAGCGCCUCCCGCUCCCGCCUCGCCAGGUUACGCUCACGCAGCUCCCGGAGCCCCUUCGACUCGCCUAG